GGCCCCUCCCCCUUCUGGCGCGUGCUGCUAUGGCGGGCGGAGGGGGGGCGCCCCUGGGGGUCCCGUGGGCGUGGUUUCCUCCGCGCGCUCUAACGGACCUCCCAGACACCUCAGGGCGGGACUGGCUGCUCCCCUUUCUCCACCUGCCGUCGGCGCUGCUGGAGGAAGAUGAGAGGGUCGGUCCCGUUCCUGUGGCUGGUGUCAGGGCUUUUGUUGAUCCUUCCUCUGGGGAAGGGGGACUCUGUGCCCCAGUGCAGUUUGUAUGGUUUGCCUGGAUGCCCAAGGAACUUUAAUCCAGUCUGUGGGACUGAUGGAGUAACAUACGCAAAUGAGUGCAUGCUUUGCUCUUCAAACAGGGAGGAGAAGAAGAAUGUCCAGAUCGCCAGCAAAGGCCCAUGCUGAUGAGACAAGCGUCAAGGGAAGACAGUACACAUGUGACCUACUGAGAAGUGGAAACCAUCUUUUAAAAGUAGCUUCCAAUCUGCUAAAAUGAAAACACUCUGUUUAACCCUUA